GGAGGAGGAGGAGGAUGGGGCACUGCUGAUGCUGAUGCGAGAGCUUACAGCGUCACAGAUAAACAUCGCCCAGGAGUCACAGUCGUAUGAUGAAGCAGGUUGUCGUUAUUUGCCGCACUUUUAAUUCUCAUCACUUCCCCACGUUGGACCUAGAAGCGGAUCUGUCUGUCGAGCUUCGUAUAAAUGAAGAUCGUGGAUAAAUAACUCUGGUCGCUUCUUUCUCGUCGGUGGUGGUCUGGCCUGUCUUCUGAGAUACAGGUGGAUUGGGAAACGACGUCGAAAAUCAUCGAUAAAAGGGAGCCACGAAACGAAAGCCGUUAAGCUUGAAUCAUCACCACAAUGUUGCGUCCGAGCGCAAAUAUGAGUCUGUGGUAGUGUUUGGGAAACGCUGUUUCGCGUGUUAGCCCGCUAUUAAGCUAAUUUGGCUAGCUAGUCAGUCAGCUAGCCCCUGGCCACUGGCACAGGGGAAGAGAGAUGGCCGGAGGAGGAAUUAUUUCAGCUCGUUUGCUUAAAAUCUUUUCAUCGCGAUAAGUUAAGCAGCGACAUGUGUUAAGGUGUCAUUUAGUGGAUUAUGCUUUGUUUUGAGGCUGUAGUCGGCGCACGCAUAUGCGCAUAUACAAAUUAGCUAUGGAUGGAUUAAAAUAAAUGGAUAUGGACAGUGUUGUGAAAUACGACUAUUUAGCGCGUAACGGUGUCGUAUUUUACUUCAUUUCGUUUGAUAUAUGUUGCUUAUUGAUGGACCUUCUUCAAGUAUAAGUGGAAUAUGUUGAUUUUGGAUUAAUACAGACGAGAUUGAACCAGCCUCCAGAGGAAGGGACUGAGUCACUGUGACGAUACACAAAAAUAAUAUUAAGUUCACACUUUACAGUUUACAUCCGUGACAGAGAACGUGGUUAGUAUAACUUGGUAUAUUGUAUUUAAGUAAAUGUGCCAGCAGUUAAAUUUAGAGAAUAUUUUACUUCACCAAUGCCAAUGUUUAUGGAAAAAUGUCCCUACCACUGAAACAAUGGAUGUUGACUGCUGUGAGAUAAAAAUUAAAUUGACAGCUUUAUAAGGAUUACCAGGGAACAUUGCCAGCCUAAAUGGAACCGGCACUCCUGUCUGGCCCUUUGGGGCACACACAGUGGGAGACAGAACAACCAUUUCCUCUGGGAUUUCACUCUCUGGACUCAGACAAUGGGAGUGUGCUCUGUCAAAACAAGAGUGGCCAGACAGGUUUGGACGUCAGAAACAGUGACCAGGAUCAUACAUUCAAAUCAUUAGGUGAAGAAGUCCUUUUCCAAAACAAAGUGCCCCAUUUGGACUCUCUAAUAAAUAUUGCUGAAUUGUCUGGUGGAGAGUUUAAGAGAUCUGGUGAUCUUUUAAGAGAUCACCAAACUAAUUCCCAGGCUUUGCCCGAAAGAACAGAGGCACUGUCUUGCUCAGAAAACGGAGAGCCAUCAGAGGUGGUCAGUGACUCCACCUUGUCGUGGCUGUUUUCCCCAGGCCUGUUUGAAGUGUCUGGGAAAGGCACUACCUUUGACCAAUCAAAUCAGCCUCAGGAGCCCACUGAUGAAAACUCACAUGCUCCUAGUUAUGGGACUAAUGCACAGACUGUGAGUGAGUCCUGCCUAACAGAAAACAUUGACAUUUCUAAAACUUUAGAUUCAGUUUUGUUGGUAGAUUUCUUUUCAGAUGAACAUUUGUCUCCACAUGAAGAGAGCGUCACUGAGGAGGUCACAGGACUCUCUCUCAGCCCGGUAGCUGUGUCACCUGACAUUGGAGACAAAGGUCUAUACCCAGAUCAAGUGACUGAUCUGCCACUAACCAGUACCUCCACAACUCCAAGUUUACCUGAGAACUGCCUUCUGCUCGACCACACAAGCACGCUGGAGGACUGCUUUCAACGAUCCGUGCCUUUGUUGGAUAUCGAGGUUCCCUUUUGUGACAACAGCUUGUGCCCUGCCACUCCUGUUUCUCCUCCACUUUUAUCAAUCGAGCAAACAGGAUCCACUGUAACUGCAAACCAAGGUUACGUGUCAGAACUGGAGCAGCUAGUGGAAAUUUCAACUGAUGAGGCUGACAAUGUUAAGGAUGACACGGGACAGGACAACGCUGACCAAAAUGAAGAAAUGAAAGACACAAAAUUACAAUGUGAAAUCAAAAAUCAGGAUUCAACAAUGGCUUUAGACCUUUGUCCAGCUACUGAGGACGUCCACAAUGAGAAGCACCCUGACACUUUACAAACUGACACUUUGACAACUGAAGCAGCGCCAGAGCCAAAUGAAGAUUCAAACCACCUAGAAACAUCAGACAUAUUGGAUUUUUCAGCUCAGGACUCAUCAGUGGAAGCGGAUUGGACUAACAAGCAGAGUGUGGAGGCACUGUGUCUCUCCAAGAUGGUGGGAGAUGACUCAGUGCCUAUAGUUCCAACUGUCAACACAAGUGAGGAAGACGUCUCCCUUCUGAAAGCUGUGUUCGAUGCUCUGGACCAGGAUGGCGAUGGAUUCGUUCGCAUUGAGGAGUUUAUGGAGUUUGCAGCGGCGUAUGGGGCAGAUCAGGUGAAAGAUUUGACCAAAUUUCUGGAUCCUAGUGGUCUGGGAGUGAUAAGUUUUGAGGACUUCCGUCGUGGGAUAUCAGCAAUUAGCAAUGGAGGCCCUGAGCCACAGUUGUACGGAGUCAACUACAGCCCGGGCGACGGAGCUGUGGGCUGUCCCGAAGAGUACGAUGAGCAAAAUGAGGUGACGGACAGUGCGUACCUGGGCUCAGAGAGCACCUACAGUGAGUGUGAGACGUUCACAGAUGAAGACACAGGGGCGUGUGUGGCUCCGGAGAUGCACGAGGACGUGGAGACGGACAGCGGCAUCGAGGCCACACUGCAUGAUCCAGAGGACAGGAUCAAUCGGUUUUCUCUAAAUGCCGAACUGCACAACCACUCACCCGCCCUGGUCAUCGGAGGAGAGGAGGAGCACUUUGAGGAUUUUGGAGAAAGUAACACAUCAGAACUGCUAGAGACCAGUGUGGCUGAGAUCGAGACAGACGGUGGCCCUCCCCUCACAAAAACAGCAGAUCAGCUCAAUGGCUCCUCCCUGCCGUCUCCCAGUGGACCACCCCCCCUCCCCGACUCCUUUCAGAGCUUUCUCAGGGAGGAGGCUCUGGACUUUUUUUGUAGCCAGUGUCACAAACAAAUCAGUCGUCUCGAGGACCUCUCCACGCGCCUCAAUUUCCUUGAGAUGACUAGUGCUGGCAAGAGGCUGUCCAGCAAAAAAGUGGCAAGACAUCUACUACAGAACAGCUCCAUGACCCUGGACACCGUGAGUGACCUCACGCGGGACAUUUUGGAACUGGCUGACAAUGACAUCACUGACAAGGUGUUGUUGCUUGAGCGGCGGGUGGCCGAGUUAGAAAAGGAGUCAGAGGCCUCAGGAGAGCAGCACACACGGCUGCGACAGGAAAACCUGCAGCUUGUACACCGCGCCAAUGCCUUUGAGGAACAGCUGAAGGAGCAGGAGCUGUAUGCCGACGAGCAGCUGCAGCAAGAGACUCGCAGGCACAAGGAUGCCAUCAGCAAACUGGAGCGAGAAAGGGGGCUGGAGCUCGAGAACCUACAGACCAGGCUUCAACAGUUGGAUGAGGAGAACAGUGAGCUGAGGUCGUGUAUCCCAUGUUUACGAGCCAACAUAGAGAGAUUAGAAGAGGAAAAGAAGAAACUGCAAGAUGAAACGGAGGCCUUGUCAGACCGACUGGAGGAUGAGAUGGAGAACAGGAGGAAAUUGGCUAAUAAACUGAGCCAUGAGCGGCAUAUAAACCAGAAGGAGAAGGAGAGCACACAGGAGCUGAUUGAAGACCUGCGUAAACAACUGGAGCACUUACAAUUGUACAAGUUGGAAAUAGAAACAAAAAGAGGACGUACCCCUGGUGCUGGACUGCAGGAGUACCAGACAAGGACCAGAGAGGCAGAACUGGAGCAGGAAAUCAAACGGCUCAAACAAGACAAUCGCAGCUUAAAGGAGCAGAACGAUGAACUGAAUGGUCAGAUUAUUAACCUAAGUAUCCAGGGAGCCAAGACCCUCAUGUCUGCUUCUUUCUCUGAUUCACUGGCAGCAGAGAUCAGCUCUGUGUCCCGUGCUGAGCUGAUGGAGACAGUCCACAAACAGGAGGAGAUCAACUACAGACUACAGGACUACAUUGACAAAAUCAUUGUAGCAAUUAUGGAGUGCAACCCCUCCAUUUUAGAGGUCAAAUAGACACAAUACUGGAUUGGUAACAUACUGGAGAUACUGUAAAAAAGUUAAACAUAAAUAUAUUUAUAUAAAUCAAAAAUCAUUUGGCCAACCAACCAUUAUUCUGCUCCUUAUGAAGAUUAAGACAAAAUAAACUAUUAAAGUUAAGCUAUCCCAACCUGUGGAUGUGUAUGUUAGCCCUAAACCAAAUUGGGUUCUGUUGACCCCCUUGUGGCUUGAGGAACCCAUCUAUCAUUUAAAGUAGAAAUCCUCCUUUAAAAUAUAGUGUCAAUAUAAAAGUACUAGAAACCCAUUUAAAAGGUGACCAUAAACUAUGUUGAUACAUUCUAUUGGACAGAGUUGAAUUUUGUUUUGAUAUUUUCUUAUGAUGCUCUGGUCCAGAAAUGGCAACGUCUAGAGCUAGUGUUAUGCUUGAUGUUUUGCCUACAAUAUUUCAAAAUGACCCAAGUGAGGGGAUCAAAUGCCCGGAGGGUUUAGUGUGAGUUUGUUUUUAUGGCUUUAAAAAAUAGACUAAUGGGGAAAUGUAAAUGAGACCCAAUUUGUUGUUAAGUUUGCUUCUUAUUUAUUUUCUACAAUGAAACAAGGGUCAUAAUUUAGGUGGGCCUUAACCUUGAUAGAACCACACUUUAAAUGUUCACUGACUGAUGUAAACACUGGAAAAACUACUAUUUCUUCUAAGAUUACUGACAAUAACUGGCACUUUGUAAAUAAACGGUUGUGCUUUAUCACAGGUUAUGUAAGGCCUGCCUGACUAGUGUCCCUUGGUUGAGUGAAAGCGAUAUAGGGAGCAGACUUCUCCAGUUUUUUUUUCCUACACAGAAGUAUUAGAUGAUUUUCUUUUUUUAUGUUUAUUUUUUGACUGAAACAUAAUGGGUGAAGAAAAAUAGUUGUACUUUGCACUAAGUUUUGUUUAUUUUUGUUCAUAUGUACAAUUGUUUAUUGUAAAGGGAUUGGAAAGCUGACCAAUAACCAGAAGCACUCACACCAAGACAUUUCAAAGUUGAUAUAGAGAGGAGCAGCAAUAAAAGUGGACACCUUGGAGAGGAGCUGGACUAAAUCUUUCUAAUUUAAAAAGGAUGGACGUAUGCUUGCCUUGCUGGUACUGUGCAGCACUUUGUUUAUUGCUGUCUGAAACUGACUUUUAAAUGAACUUCUCAAUGGACUUCUAUGGGAGAUUAUCCAAACAGCAUGGCGCUCGGCAUUGGAUCUCUGGCCACUCCACAGGAAAUGGGUCGGAUGUAAAUGACUUGUAAAGUUUUUCUACUCUCAUUCUAGAUUCUAGGUAUUUUUAUAGUGGGAAGAAAUUUGCUGCUUUUCCGUGUGGGGACAGCCACUUGUACCUUCUCCAGCAUGUAGCGUGUACAGUCAAUGUCGGAAGUCUGUCAAAUCACAGAUGUUUAUUCACUACAAGUUUAUGUGAUGUAUUCUGCUGAAAAUUUGUAUAUUGGUAUUUUUGGAAUUGUUAAGGACAAAGAAGGUGAUAGUCCAUUUGUAAAAAAUAUCCCAUGUGAAGAAUUUAUUAAAUCAUAGAAUAAUUUAAAUUAUAUUGUGUUAAGGAUGUGCAGAGGCAUGAAUGUGGCGAGCUUGCUUUUUCAUUAAGGUCAAUAUUUCCUCUUGCUAAAUGCUUAUGUGGUCAUGACCUCAUGUAGACUGGGCAGAUAAGUCUGCAGGUUGUACUGAAUCAUGCACGGCACAAACAUUUGAAUUAAGAAAUUUACUAUAUUUUAAGAGAAAGUAUUGUCAUAUAAUUUAUAAAUGAACCGGUAGUUGGCAUGUUGAUAAUCUUCCAUUCUUAUUUGUUAGCUUUGUGAAUAUGGGUUUGCAAAAUCUAAUUUUAUGCUCAACAUGUGUUGGUAAUGAACAAGGCUCCCACAAUGCAGUAAAGUUGCCCUGCUAAUUCUAACUGUUAGCUGUAGUUCUGAAACUAAUGGCCACUGAAACAGCUGAGACCAUAGUUGAAAACAUUCCUUUUUAGCAGAGCUGAAGGCGAUUGCACUUUAACCAGAUUAAUUUACUCCUUUAAACAUGUUUUCAAAUUGACCAAAGAUGGAUGUUUGAAUAUAAACUGACCAUGUUCUGUAUCAGGGUCUGCAGUUUUGGUUGUAUCACCGGUGCCAGUAAAACUAUGAGCUCAUCCGGGAGAGAACAAACUGGCCUGCUCUAGUCCAACACUGUGCCUCUGACUCUUGCUUCGAUACAAAGCCUGUGAUGAGCCUUUGGGAAAGCACUGACCAUGUGACUUGUGGCAGUUUGUUGUAAUAAUAUUGAAAUCAAACCUGUAAAUAUCAAAUGUCCUUUUGUGUAUUCUUUUUCUUUUCACUCUCACUUCCAGUGUCCAAAGAACGUUUGCUCAAGGCACAAACAUCACUACUGUAGUAGUGCAUGGCUUGCCAUUGUGUGACAUGGGAGAAAUAAAAGAAAAUAUUGUAGAAAAGAGAAAUUUAAGAAUUAAAAAUGUAUUCUUAUUUUCAAUAGUAAUGUAUAAAUUAUAUCAGUAUUGGUUACACAGGUGUAUAAUAUUUUCGAGGAUUACAAAAUCAUCCUCAUUGUUAAUGGGAAAAUAUACUGUAAUUGCGUUGUUGUACAAUGAUAAAGAUUUUACAGUAAGCAGUGGAAGUAAGACUAGAAAACAAAUAAAGAAGUUAAACUAA